AUGCGAGCGUUCGCCACAAUUUCCCGAGACAAAUUUUUAUCGUUUCCGUCGAGCUUCCACGUCCAGUACAUGGAGCUGCUCAACGAUCUCACGAGCAAAGUUCACGCGUACGAGCGUUGGCGCAGCGCAUUCGAGGAUUCCAGCGGAGUUCACGACUUUGAAGAGAUCGAAGAAGGAAUCGACCGCGUCGUUCAGGACAUUUCUCCGCAUUGGCUGCUAGAGGAGAAGCUCGUUUGGUUGAACGCCUUGCUGCGUCUUCACUUGCGUCGAGAGAGUUUCGCUGAGGCGCUUUGCUGCAAAGUGGCAGCCGUUGAGUGUGUACAGCGAACAGGUCUCGGGGACGAUUCUUCCAACAUCUUGUACCUAGGUCGUGUUCAGCAAUGGAUCAUUCGCGAGCUCUUCAUCGCUCGUGUCUACGCUGCGCGAGCCGACUGGAUCGAGAAGGAGUUGUCGAUUUGUGAACUUCUGUUGGGGUGUUUGAAACAACAGCGGCGAUUUAAGGAGUACCAGGAGAUGCUCCGAUGCAUUGACGUGUUAAUCGGACGCCUAGCGGAGAGACAGGAAAGCAACGGAGUUCAGCAAAACAGCUCGACCUUUGCCUUCUAUCGCGUACGCUACGCUGGCGGUUGCGUGCCAGCUUUGAUCUCCACGGACGAGUUCAUCUACAAACGGAGUAAGUUCGUGUCGCUCGGCGAGUUCGUAGGCGAGAUGAAAGCGAUGCUUCGUGCCAAAUACCCGCAGUGCGAACGGAUAGACGUCGUUCCGGAGCCAAAGCCACUGACUGGGGGAGAUAGCAACCCCCACGUCAUUUUCCUGCGCGUCACUACAGUGGUGGAAGCGCUUGCAAUUGAUUUGUCCCGACUGAAGACGACACAACCGCGGAGUUUCAACUGGCGAGUGGCGUUCAAGUUUGCGGUUCCCUUCACACACGGCAGCUCGACGUCGUACGGCAAAACGGCUGAGCAGAUGAAGCGCAUCACGUUCCUGUCAGUAGAGCGGACUUUCCCAUGUCGACUGAAUCGACAGCGAGUGCGGCUGCGUCUUGAAGAGAUACGAUGCCCCAUCGAGAACUCCAUCGACGACAUUCAGAAACGGUGUGCUCUGCUGCGAGCUGAGAUCGACAAGGAGAAUGUGGGCAAGACGGACUUGAAGACCUUGACGCUGGUGCUCAAAGGCAGCGUCGACACGCAUGUACACGGAGGCAUUCCAGAAGACGCUACAUGA